AAGCUUGAAUGUGUUUCAUAAUACUGGAAAAAUUUAUAGAGAAUAUCAAAUGGGUUGUCCUCCUCAUCUUCUGUUGCUGUUAAUUUUAUUCUUUAUUCCACCAAAGUGCCAGUCAUGGGGUUGGUUUUCUUCUGGCACUUCUGCAGAGAAAACUCAAGCUGACGAUUUCCCUUCACGGAUGAAAGAUAAUUCCAAUGGUUUUGUUGCUGAAUUCUCUGUAAAGGGUCUUUACAACGAGAAGGGAAAGCAGCUUGUUGAAGAAGCUAAAGGCAAAUUGGUUGGCUCAAACACUUGUUGGAAAAAUGCUUAUAGACAUCUCUUUGCUGGUUGCUCGGUGAUUAUUGCCGCUGAAGAGAAAAGGUCUAGAUUUGCUUGGCAUCUCAGUGAUUGCUUUCAAAAGGACUCAGGGAGACCUCCAUUUCCUUACUGUGAUCCAAAAUCUGCCAUGAUUAAUUGCCUCAAGAAAUUAGACGACAAAGAGCAUAAGACUUAUCUUGCUUUCUUAUUGGAAACCAACUCUAUUUGCUAUCAGUUACAGGCUCAUGCAUUCCAGCAUGAAACUGAGAGAUUGGUGAAUGACCUUAGACGUUCCGCGGAACAUACAGAAAACAAGCUGGAAAUUAUAGAAGACAAGUCUGAUAUUCUAUUGCAGAGUUCCAGCAAGAUUUAUGAUUCGUUGGAUUCGAUUGAUCUCCGGGUUCAAAGUGUAGCUCAAAGUGCAAAGGGUGUACAAGAUCAUAUGGAUGUUUUGUCGAGGCAUUCGGAAGCUGUUUAUCACCAAUCCAUGAAAAUCGCAUCUUCUCAAGCGGAGCUACAAGAAGGACAAGUGAGAAUGAAGGAAAAGUUUGAUGAAGGGAUGACAUUGCUUCAUGAUGCUUACAGUAAUUUGGGUGAAGAAGUUGGUAACUUGAAGGACGAGGCCAUUGAAAUACAGAAGGAGAUCGGCAAAGUUGGAGAUGCAAUGUUUUCCAGGAUGGAAAAUCUUCAGAAGAAAGCUGAUGAUAUUGGGAGCAUGGCAGGGGUUUCUAUAGAUAAACAACAACUACUACUUCAGGGUCAAUCCACUGCACUUGAUGGUCUUCAAUUUUUAACCAAAUUUCAGUCCGAAGCACUUGAAGAGAGCAGGAAGAGACUGCAAGAAUUAGCUGAAUAUGGACAUAAACAACAGGAAGAGCUUCUUAAGAGACAAGCACAGCUUCAGGAAGUCCAUGAUCAUCUGGUUGAAAACUCGAAAUCAAUAUUGGCAGCUCAGGAAGCUUUCGAAUCAAAGCAAGCUAGCAUGUUCAUUUCUCUAGAUAAGCUAUCGGCUUUGCAGAAAACCAUGCUGUUGGAGUCGCGAGUAAUUAAGGCCUUCUUCAUCUACUCUAUGUCUAUUUUCAUCAUCUACAUGUUCACCAGUACAAAGCAAACAUACACCAUUAGGCACAGGCUAUAUAUGGGGCUGUGCCUUACAUUCUUGAUCGAAGUGUCAAUAGUCCGAUUCACGACGAAUGAAAUUGAACAACAAACAUGGAUAAUAACUUCAGUUAGAUCACUUUUUCUGAUUUUUUCUGCAUUGCAGCUUCUACAUGCCAUUGUUACAUACAGAGACUAUGAAUUCUUGAAUUAUCAGAUGCUACAAACCUUGCUUGAGAAGGUUAAUGGCAUGCAAAGAAACAAAGAGUUGUCAUGGGAGUCGGACUAUGAUAGUGAUGUAGACUGGCCUUCAUGGAUGGAUAGAGAAUUACCAGAGGAAGCAAAUGAUUUUGAAGACCCCAAUUAUUUGAUUUCGGAUAGUAUUCCAGAAGAAGUUGGAGAGAAUUUUAUCACAACUUCUUCAAUUACAACAAGAUACAAUCUUCGUCCGCGUAGUAAACAUUGAUAACUUCUUGUAGGAAUGAGAUUUAGCUAUUGUAUUGAU